GGCUGGGAGGGGAGGGACCCGGAAAGCAGCGCGGCGGCGGCGGCGGCGGAGAGCCGCGAGAGGGGCGAGAGGCCUGUCGGUACGGGGAUACACGCGGGGUCCCUGGCAGCCGGGGUUCGCGGUGAGAGCAUCAAAACUGGAAAAAAUAAGGAAUGGCUGUGGAGGAACUACAGUCUAUCAUACAGAGAUGUCAAAUCCUAGAAGAGCAAGACUUUAAAGAGGAAGAUUUUGGCCUGCUUCAGUUAGCAGGCCAAAGAUGUAUAGAUGAAGGGCACAUAGAUCAACUGUUAGAAAUAAUUCAGAAUGAAAAGAAUAAGGUCAUCGUCAAGAAUAUGGGCUGGAAUCUUGUUGGUCCUGUUGUUCGAUCACUUUUAAGAAAUGAAAAGGAAGAUAAAAGAAAGUGUCAUUUCCUGCUGCUUGAUUUAUUGGUAAAGUUAUGUAAUCCAAAGGAAUUAUUGUUGGGUUUGCUUGAACUGAUUGAAGAGCCCUCCGGAAAACAGAUAUCCCAAAUUAUUCUUCUUUUACUUCAGCCAUUACAAACAGUGAUUCAGAAACUUCGUAACAACAAGGCAUAUUCAGUUGGGUUGGCAUUGUCUACACUUUGGAGUCAGCUCGCUCUCCUUCCGGUUCCAUACUCAGAAGAACAAAUACAGGCAGAUGACUAUGGCCUUUGUCAGUGCUGCAAGGCCUUAGUAGAGUUCACUAAACCUUUUGUGGAGGAUGUCAUUGAUAACAAGGGAAACUCAAGGGAAAAUGAGAAAUUAAAAGAUGAAAUACUGAAAUUUUGUUUGAAAAGCUUGAAAUGUCCUUUGCUGACAGCACAAUUCCUUGAGCAGUCUGAAGAAGCUGGAGAUGAUCCUUUAAAGUGUUUUGCAUCCGAAAUAAUAGGAUUUUUGUCAGCAAUUGGAUACCCUUUUCCCAAAAUGAUUUUUAAUCAUGGAAGGAAAAAGAAGAUUUGGAAUUACCUUGAAUUUGAGGAAGAAGAAGACAAACAGUUAUCAGACUCUAUGGCUUCUCUGGCAUAUCUAGUAUUUGUGCAGGGCAUCAGUAUUGAUCAGCUUCCAAUGGUCUUAAGCCCAUCAUAUCUUUUGCAAUUUAAUAUGGGGCAUAUUGACGUCCUUUUACAAAGAACAGAAGAGUCUGUUUUCUCCAAAGGAUUGGAUCUGUUGGAGAAUGGUUUACUGAGAAUAGAGGACAGCAGUCUACUUCACCAGUACUUAGAAAUCAAGAGUUUCCUUACUGUACCUCAGGGCUUAGUCAAAGUAAUGACCCUCUGCCCCAUUGAGACAUUGAGGAAAAAAGGUUUAGCUGUGCUUCAGCUGUAUAUUAACAAAUUGGAUCCACAAGGCAAAUAUACAUUAUUUAGGUGCUUACUGAAUACAAGUAAUCACUCAGGUGUGGAGGCCUUUAUUAUUCAAAAUAUCAAAAAUCAAAUUGACAUGUCAUUAAAGAAAACACAUAACAAAUGGUUUACAGGACCACAGCUGAUUUCCCUUCUAGAUUUGGUACUCUUUCUCCCAGAGGGUGCUGAAACAGAUCUACUGCAAAACUCAGAUAGGAUAAUGGCUUCGUUGAACUUAUUGAGAUAUUUGGUUAUCAAAGAUAAUGAAAAAGACAAUCAAACCGGUUUGUGGACAGAACUUGAAAAGAUUGAGAAUAAUUUCUUAAAGCCCCUCCAUACAGGACUCAAUAUGUCAAAAGCACAUUAUGAAGCAGAAAUUAAGAAUAGCCAAGAAGUCCAGAAGUCUAAAGAUCAUUGUUCACUAAAUGUAGGUAGAGAGGAGAUCCCAAAUAUGCCUCCUGAAAUGCAGCUUAAGGUCCUACAUUCAGCUCUUUUCACAUUUGAUUUGAUUGAAAGUGUUCUGGCUCGAGUAGAAGAACUCAUUGAAACAAAAACAAAGUCUACCUCUGAGGAAAAUAUGGGAUAAAGUGAAAGCUCCAUCUCCUAAAUAAAAACUAGUUAUACACUAUAUUUUUCAUUAUGGUUUAUUUAAUACAUUUAUAGAAGUUUUUCUGUAAAACACACUGAUAGAAAAUAAAUGUAGCUUCUCUUAUCUGUUUCAGCAA